AUGUCUGAAGCCCACGGCCAGAACCGCCAUCCCCGCCGCCGCCCUCUUAAGGGCACGGCCUCCCCACUCAGCACCCAUGGCAUGCAGCUUCGCAAGAGCGGCACCUUCUGCUCACCCACACACAUCUCGUCCGACAUCUGUGACCUGGACCGCCACUUCCUGCCCCGCCGCUCGCCCACCAACACUGAGCGACUCGAACAGCUUGUCCAAGAGUCCAUCCAGGACCCCAGUGUCCGUCGGGUCACCAGCCUGCUCAACGACUUCGAGGCGAGGAUUGCCGGACAGAAGAGCUCAGCCGCCGCUUCCAACAUCCUCAGCGACCCAGAAGUCUUCCCGGUCCCAAGCCUGUUCCUAGACAACGCCGCGUUGGACCACACCCCCAUGGAUGUUGACCCCAAGCCAUCGGCACCAGAACGCAGCCCCCACGACCACGCUUCAGACAGUGGUCUGGGCUCCAGCGUCAGUGGAUCAAAGUACGACGACAUCCGCACCCGACGCUCCAGCGUCCGUGAAUCCAUCAGCAGCUCAAUCGGCUCAACUCACUCUGCCGUCACACGCUCAUUCUCAGCUCUUGGCGCCUCGGAAGAGGACCACGUCCUGGGCGAGUACGCCUGCAAGCAGAUCCACGACAUCAUCAUCAAGCCCAUCCUCGCAGAGCACUCGCUCAAAGACUUUCACGGUCUUAUCAAAGACGUCCCACGGCGCAUAGGUGAGAAGAACAUCCGCAACCUUCGCGACCUCGAGAAGACACUCAUCUUCCUCGCUCCGGAGCUCUCGGCUACACCGGACAAAUACUCCCGAUUCUGUGAACGAUCAAUCCAGCUCUUGGCCACGACUGUUCAGUAUCUUUCGGAACGAGACCAGCGACUGCCCACCGACCGCCCUUAUACUGACGGCUACUUCCUCGAUUUGAUGGAACAGAUUAGACGCUACGCCUCAAUCAUGGCUGCCACCCGCGAAAAGGAAUCCAAAGGAGAGGACCUGGACGACAUGGACUACUCACGGUAUGACCGCGCCGCCGCCUUUCUGUUUUCCCGCACUGACCAAGCCUUCAACAGCGAUGAGAAGAUCACGCUCCGGGGAGGCAUAAGCCACAAUGGCCGCCCGGUUGAGCUGGUUCGCGAGAAGAACGGAAAGGUUAUGCCCAUUGAUGAGCAUGUUGCCAAGGCCUUCAGGACCAAACGUCGUCUUUCGGAAGCCUACGUUGACGAUGGAAUGGACGAUGAUGACGUUACCCGCUCCAUGGCGCGACGACGCAAAUCCGAGAAGCCAGGCGAUGUUGUCCACACCUGCCGUGAUUGCAGGAAGGAAUUCAAGCGCCCAUGUGACCUGACCAAGCACGAGAAGACGCAUUCCCGUCCGUGGAAGUGUUCUGAGAAGAACUGCAAGUACUUUGACCUUGGCUGGCCAACCGAGAAGGAACGUGACAGGCACAUGAACGAUAAGCACUCUGCUGCCCCCGCGCAGUACAAGUGUCUUUACCCACCAUGCACAUACGCCUCAAAGCGUGAAUCAAACUGCAAGCAACACAUGGAGAAGGCCCACGGCUGGGAAUACGUUCGCUCAAAGAGCAACGGUCGUAAGAAGGCUCCUUCCAGCAACAACCCCAGUCCCACCACCCCUCUCACUCCCUUCAUCAACACACCCCUGUCUGCAACCAUGGCCACGCCGGUGACGCCAUUCGUUCCGUCGCCCCAAGUGCCCCUGAUGGACAACUUUGAUUGCUACGGUUUUGGGACACCAGCACUCAGUGCCAAUGGUUACCAAGAUGACUUCCGUCGCGACUCAGUCGCCACGGAUGGCUCUCACUUCACCUACUCGUCUGGGCAUUCACCUGUUGAGCCCACCCUAUUUGAAGACGCUGUAGUCACCCCUGACAACAUUGCUGUUAACCACAACGAUGUCUACAACACGUGCAACUUGGGCACAAACUUCAACACGGGCUUCCAGCAACCGACGCCCAUGAGCACAACGUUCGACUACGAACCACUGCCGUUCACGGCCAACAACCAAAUGAGCGCAGGUUACCCCCAGCUUUCCCCGCUGGCUCAGCCUGACGUCACACUCUUCUCGCCCAAUGUGGACGAGGGUUUUGGAGAUAUGGACAUGGGUCAGCAAGGCUUUGGUCUCCCGAGUGGAGACUUUACCUUGUUCGAUACCUCACCACCCAGCGCAAUGACAUUCAAUAACACAGCGAACUUCUUCCCAGAGUUCAGCCAGGUUGGAGGACAGUUUGAUAAUUUCUGUCCAGAGCCUACCACCACAUUGGAUGAUCUCAACUACAUGAACUUCAUGGACGCACAGUAA